CUGUAAACAGAUUCCUCUGUCAAAGUUGAUAAAUUUUGACUGAUGCCAUCAAUUAUUCUGAAGGAAUUUGCCUCUAGGCUAUUUUGGAGACAACAUGUCGCAUGUUUGCAAACUUCGGACAAGUACCAACUAUCACGGCUUCGAUGAAAGGAAAUGACUAUUUGUUGACAAAACAUUAUAGAGUUCAAGAAGCCCAUCCCAGACAAAAGUUCCUCCCCAGCCCAGGGAAUCACGCUCUACUGCGUUAGGGAUAUUUCUAAAGUUGUCUGUUCAUCCACGCCUGGCUGCCCCCAUAUGGGAUAAACAGCUCAAUAGAGCAACACAAAAAGCCCAGAAGCUGAGAAACUGGUUCAACGGCAUCAUACGCAGGUGGCUGGCUUGCCUGUCGCGACCUCAGCCUACAAACACAGACUUUUUACUCAUUGUUGUAGCUCAAAAACUUUAUGAAGAGACUCCCCAACUUGUUUCCUACAUCCUUACUGGCUUGCUGAUCAUUUCUUGAGUUCCCCAGGAGUCCAUAAGAAGACGAAGUAGUAGCCCAGACUGUUCACAUCUCGACAGACUGUACCUGCCCAGUUCUCCCCAGGAGCGCCACCAUGCGGCCUCGUGUGAAGGCCAAGCUGGCGCACCAUCGGCCGAUGCUGGUUGGUGAGAUGAAGCCCCUCCCCAUGUUCGGCUCUCUCAUCGAGAACAACGUGCUCACACCCGCGCACUUAGACAAGAUCCUGCCAGACGACGAGCGAAAGGAACUGAAUGAAAAGCUGUUAGACAUAAUACCGACAAGAGGCGACGCUGCUUUCACUGUGCUGGGAGAGGGCCUGGAAGCCAGUCUACAGGGUCAUCUAGCGUACCUCCUCGACCCUGAAGGUAAAGAAGAUCCUGAUGAGAAGAAGGAGGAAGAAGAUGGGAAGGAGAAGAAAACAUCACCGAAGAAGAAGAUUGGACAGCUUACCCGUCAGAUCUCACGUAUGGGCAGCCGGUCCUCCAUGCGUCCUGAGUCCCGUGAGCAGCUGACGAAGCACAAGGCGACCCUGGUGUCGGAGAUGCAGCCGCUGCCGCUGUUCGGCCUGCUCAUCCAGAACAACAUCCUGUCACGCGACAUGGUGGACGGCAUCCUGUCUCCUGAGGACCAGAAGAAGGUCAACGAGAGACUGGUGGACAUCUUACCGGACAGACCUGACUCAGCCUACAAGAUGUUCAUCUACGCGCUCCGGGGGAAUGGACAAGGCCAGUUGGUAGAGGUGUUAGAAGGGGACAUCAAACCUAACAAGUACCGACGGGAGUCGGAUACAGGUGUAGAUAAGACUCCAGCAAAAAUGUCCCGUGAUUCCAUGGGAGCGGCUAAGUCGGCGUUCGAGUCCGUGUACGGCUCCAGGGAGAACGUGUUCGAUGACGGGAAGAAACAGCCCGUCAGCCCGGGGCCUGGCUGGAAGAGUACGGCAACACCAGACCGCAGCCCAGGGUCCAGACCAUCAUCGAGACCAUCGAGUACCAGCAAAGAGAAACCGGCCAGUCAGAGCAGUGAGGACGGCGAGGCGGCGGCCAAGAGGAAACUCAGCGAGUACAGCGCCACUCCGCCCCGCCAGGAGAGGGACUGGAAAAACGUGGAGAGGGACAAUGAGGACCUACGGCGGCGACGGUCUUCCAUAGAUGCCCGUAAACUGACGAUGAUUCGGACGGGGAUGAAGGUGAAGCAGCGGCAGCUCAUCUUCGCCAACAGACCCGCUAUAGUAGACUCCAUACAACUCGACUCUGUCCUGGACCACAUGGUCAAGGAAGGUGAGUUCACGCAGUCCCAGGCUGACGACCUGCGGAAGAUGCCGUUCCGCUUCACCAGGAACUCCCGUUUCGUGGACCUGCUGCUGACCAAAGGCUCGCACAACUACAACACGUUCUGUGACGCGCUGAGGGACUCCGACCAGCUGGAGCUGGCACGGGUCAUGGAGCCCGGCAGGUGGACGGGAACAGAAUAUUCCCCGGCGAAACUUCCAGACCGGAAAGACGAACCUGCGGAAACGACUCCCAAGAAAAAGUGGAAGCCGAGUACAGUUUCUGACAAGUCUCCCGCCACGAAACGGAAGGAACUGCAGGAGAAAUACGGCGCCGCGGAGAGCGUGCCCGACGUGCGGCUGGAGGAACAGAAAAGGAAAGCUAAGGAAAGGGAACUGAAAGAGAAGGCUGUUGCAACGGAGAAGGAGGAGACGGAGGAGAAGAAGAAGAUGAAAGAUGUCGGCGUUGGGAAAACCCCUCCGCCCGUGAGGAAAUUUCAAACCGCGCCCCCGGUGGAAAAACUCAUCGAAACGGAGGAGACCAAAACGGAGAAGGUGCCGAAAUUGACGAGACAGUCGGGCGUGGAGGUCGGCGUCGGGAAGAAAGAGGAAGUAGAUGGACCUGAAAUAGAGUCAAAACCACCGAAGUCCCCACCGACAGACGUCAAAAGAAAAACUGUCCCAGAACGAAGCGCAUUCGUCAUGAAACCAGACAGCCCUCCACCCGUAUCCGAGGUGGACAUGAAAACGCCCAGUCCUACACCCAAAAUUGCCGAGAAAACACCCAGUCCUACACGGGAAGUUGUGAUGAAAACACCAAGUCCGCCACCACAAGCUAGUCCUAAGGCAGGGAAGAAGCACAGAAGUCCUCCCCCAGAAACUGAGUUGACCUUUAGUCCUAAGACGUAUGGCGCAGAGUUAGAGUCUCCAUCCCCUGUAAAGAAACCAACUCCUUUAAAAACAGUCCCUAAAACUCCGAGUCCACCCCCUGAAGUUCUUCUGGAGAGUCCCAAAAGCCCCCCGAAGUCCCUCUCGCGUCCAACAGUUGAGCUGGUGAUUGAGGAUGAGGAAGUGGAAGAGGAAGAAAGGCCUGUGACGAUUGGCAAGGUGUUGGACGACAGGAAACGAAAGGCGGAGGAAAUUCGACUGAAGAUGCAGGAGAGGAAGAAGAGUCUGAAGCGCGAGGACGAAGAAAAAAGUAUAAAGAUCGUUUCAGAGUCUAACAGGUCGUCCCCAGGUAGUAAUGGUGAGUCUGUGACCGCCGCCAAGGAGGCGUACGCCGUCACCACCACCAAGAUCUCCGUCACCACAACCUCUCAUACUGUCGCCUGUCAGAGUUCCCUCUCCGCACAAGCAAACGAACACCAGUCAUUCAUCCAGGUACACCCUACAGAGGACGAGGGUAUCGAGUACGGGGAGAUUUACGGAGUGGAGUACGAGCUGGUUGAAGAGGAAACCCCAGGAGAGGUCCGCCUGGUCCAGUUCGACUACCCGCCGCCCUCUCCCCCUCCCCUGCGCAGGGAUGACGAAAUCUUGGUCUCCACGACCCCUCCGAAGAGCAGCCCUGUCCAGGAAGCGACACCGCCGGUAAACAGAGCUCCGUCGCCCCCAAAAGAAAACGACUACGGCGUCAUCUUCGACUAUCCAAAGCUCGUUACUAUCACGAACGUUCCCAGUGACCGUGUCCCUCCACCGUCACCUCCCGAACAGACCGCGACCAUCGCGGAAGCGGAGCCGGUUGUUAGAAGUGCGGCGCCUUCCUUCAACAGUGCACCGCCACCACACAUUGCUGACUAUCCCAAGCUGAACGCGAAGAGCGCACCCAGCACCCACGCACCUCCACCUCCCCCUUCAUCCAUCACCAACUCAUCCAAACGAUCCACCCCUGAGAGUUACAUCUCUGAGGAUUUCCCGCCAAUGAUGAUGGAGUCAGCUGAGUACAACGCCUUGGUGGCGGGCACACCCUCCCCAGCCCAGUACAGCCCUGUCGUGGCCCUGCCCAGUGGUCAGAAGAAGAAGCUGGGAGUCAGUCAGGAGGUCUACAAGUCCCUCAACUCACUGUCGGACCUGAGGAAGAAUAACGGCAAGGACCGCCGGCGGCGGAACACAGACUCACCCCCUGUCAUUGUGGACCAGGUCUACGGCAGGCCCAUUAAGGUCCUGCCGACCACCAUGGACCACAUCACGCCGGAGACGGAGCGGCAGAUGAAGCAGGCGGCCCAGCGCAUCGCGAAGAGCGAGCGGCUGCUGCAGGUGAUGAAGCAGCUGUCUGACCGCACCCUCAGCCACGCCUGCCAGUGUGAGAAACUGGAGGACCCGGCGGACAAGGACCUGGCAGAGCUGGUGCAGACUGGCACCACCGUGCGGCCAGGAGGAGACAUACUGAUCGACAAGCUGUCAGACGAACUUCAGGACUUGUACAAGCAAAGGCCGGGCGUGUUCAACAAGCAGCCGGGACCCUGGUACCGGAACGUCAACACGGCCAUGCGGGACACCUACAACACACUCAUCAUACACCUGGUGCACAUGAAGGCUUCUCUCAACGAUCUGAGCAAGGCUAUGGAAGAAUACAAGAAAGAUAACCAGUUGAAGAAUGCGUACCUGGCCAGGCGCAAAGAAGGGGAGGAAAACCAGCGCUGAACAUCAAGUCCACUGUUCUACCAAAGACCACCGCUGGGGUUCUGGCGGCCGCCGUAUCUUCUCAUAUUAUUUAUAGCUUCCAAUAUUCAAGCUUAAGAAAUGAACAUGAAGUUAGCUCAUUUAUAUGGUGACAUAUACACAGAUUGUUGUACAUAUUGUACAUAACCAUACUCACAAAACAGCAAUGGCUUAAUACUAUAGAAACAUGUUGUCAUGAAUUAGUUCAGUACUAUUUCCCUGCACCACAAUAUAUCAAGAGUUUCCUGACUACAUAACCAGUAGAAACUGGAACAUGUUGACAACACGGACACGAGUUUGGACAAACUGUGCCAUGUAAGUCAGUCAGUUAGCAUGUAGCGCAAUAUUGUUGGAUUUCAACUGACUUCAGAUAGAAAAUGUGUCAAUUGUAUAUUCACAUAGUCCUGGUAAACUAGGCGUAUUGUAUACAAGUUUAUUUUGUGAACAUCAUGUCAUGAUCAGUUCGGAGGCGAGAGUUGGUUUUUGAAAUUUCUUGAAAGUGCAGAACAAAAUGGCAGCAUAAUCAAGAACGGUGACAGAGGGAAACAUUAUCGUAGAUACUGUACCGGAA